AGGGACGAAAUUUUUUAUACGAUUUAGUGGCUCAGCCAAGUUCCAACCCUCGAAGGUAUCUCCUAAAUUUCUAAUACUGGAGUUUGAUCAAUUUCCGUUACCGAUUGUGUCUAUGAUUACAGAGUACGUUUCUUGAUGGCUAUUGUAUUGAGUAAUUUAUUUAUUUACUUUCUUUCUAUAAAUCCUACAAGGAUUCAAUGAACUCAUCAUUAUUUGAAGCAUUUAUCCUACAAAUCUAUCCAUGGAAAUCCCAUUCUACCUCUACGUUUUGCUCUUUCUCUUCCUGUAUUUCCUUACGAAGCAUUUGGUCCAAACAAGAAAAAGACUUCCACCAAGCCCUGCCCUUUCUCUGCCCAUCAUCGGCCACCUCUAUCUCUUUAAGAAACCCCUCCAUCGAACCUUCGCUAAACUUUCCAACCAACAUGGUCCACUACUAUUCAUGAGCUUCGGCUCCCGCCCUGCUCUCCUUGUUUCUUCCCCCACUCUGGCGGAGGAAUGCUUCACCAAAAACGACAUCGUUUUUGCAAACCGCCCGCGCCUCCUUGCCGGAAAACACCUUGGUUACAAUUACACUACCCUUGUUUGGGCCUCAUACGGCCACCACUGGCGCAACUUAAGGCGCAUAGCUUCUGUUGAGCUUCUGUCAUCUAAUCGCCUCCAGAUGUUCUAUGGCAUACGUGUUGACGAGGUUAGAUCGUUAAUCCACCGACUUUCUCAACGCUCAAAAGGGGAUGAGUUUCAGACUGUGGACAUGAAGUCAACGUUUUUUGAGCUGACACUCAAUGUUUUGAUGAGGAUGAUCGCAGGAAAGCGGUAUUAUGGAGAGAAGGUGGCAGAAUUGGAGGGAGCAAGCAAGUUUAAGAAAAUUGUGAUGGAGAGCUUUCAGCUCAGUGGGGCUACAAAUAUAGGAGAUUUUCUGCCGGUUCUUAAGUGGGUCGGAUCAAGAGGACUUGAGAAAAGGUUGGCCAUAUUGCAGAGGAAGAGGGAUAAAUUCAUGCAGGAUUUGAUUGAAGAACAUCGGAGAAGCAGGGGUGAUCGGGAUCCUGCUUUUGAAGAGAGGGGCAGCAAGACCAUGAUCGACGUUCUAUUGUCACUGCAAGAAGCUGAACCUGAAUAUUAUACGGAUGAAAUCAUCAGAGGCAUGACGCUAGUGUUGUUAUCAGCAGGGACUGACACUUCUGCUGGAACGAUGGAGUGGACAAUGUCACUUCUGUUGAACAACCCAGAAACCCUUGUGAAAGCCCAAGCUGAAAUUGACAAUCACAUUGGACAAAGAAAGCUAAUUGAAGAAUCAGAUAUUGCAAAGCUUCCCUAUCUCCGUGGCAUCAUAAAUGAGACACUCCGGAUGUACCCAGCUGCCCCACUGUUGCCAUCCCACGAGUCUUCAGAAGAGUGUACUCUCGGAGGGUACCAUGUUCCACGCGGCACGUUGAUAUUGGUGAAUGCGUGGGCCAUACAUAAUGAUCCUAAGCUAUGGGUAGAACCUAGAAAAUUUAACCCAGAGAGAUUCCAAUGUCUUGAUCAAGGAGAAAGGAAAGAUGGGUUCAUGUUGUUGCCGUUUGGAGUAGGGAGAAGAAGUUGCCCUGGGGAGGGCUUGGCUAUGCGGAUAGUUGGGCUGGCCUUAGGAUCACUGAUUCAAUGCUUUGAGUGGAAAAGAAUUGGGAAGGAGAUGGUGGACAUGAGUGAAGGGACAGGGCUCACCAUGCCUAAAGCUCAGCCCUUAUUAGCCAUGUGUAGGCCACGUUCUACCAUGGUAAAUUUCCUUUCUCAACUCUGAGAACGCUUGGGAUUAAUGCGGGUUGUCCGCUCCAGGCUUCGUAUAGCUUCUUGGAGCUAUUCAGAAGGGAAACAAAGAAAUCUAAUUUAAAGAGCAAAACGACUCUAACCUGGAGUCCAAACCAUGUGUUAAGUCACUUUCCAACCGACAUUAUUCAAACGUCUUAAAUGAAUAGUGUCGUGAUGUAGGACAAUCUGAGGAGGCACUUCGGAACAUCGAUGGUAUUAUUUCGAACAAUAUCCGAGAUGGAGAUUUUGGAUCGGCACAUAGCCGAGAUGUGUUGGGAGCUGUCUCGAUAAAGAGCCGAGAUCCAAUCUCGGCAAAUAACCGAGACCCAUCUCGGUCCCAUUCGACAAAUAACCGAGACCCAACUCAGUGAACAAGAGAAGAAGACUUCUGCCGAAUGAUUGGCCGAGCAGAUUUCCUAGAGAAGCAGUCGCGCAGAUUUCCUAGAGGAUUUUGUGCUGAUUUCAUGGAGAUUUUGUUGACUUUCUAUGUUUUCUUUUUGUUAAUUGCCAUAACAUGCUUUUCCUUAAAUAAGGGGAUUUCCUUGUCAAUCAAAUCUCUUUUGAUUAAGGAAGAUUUGCUGACACCUCUAUUAUUGUUUAUUUCUUUUACAAGCCUUUAGGGCUUUACUAUAAAUAGGAAGACAAUGUAAGAAAGGGAUUAUUAUUGAUGAUUAUUGAAUAGAAGCUCAGAUUUUUCCUUCAA